AUUAGGGUUCAUAGCAUUGUGGAACUCGGAAGCCGGAACUCAGAGCAACAAUAGAUAUGGACGUUCCGCCAAAACCAUUUAAUACGAAAAACGCACCUAAACGGUAUCAGAUUUGUUGCGGUGUUUCUCAUAAAAGUUCGGAUUACUCUUUCCUUCGAAUGAGGGAUGAUCGGGAUUUCAAGCCUAGUAGCUGGACGUCAAGCAUCGAUAACGAUCUCGCAUCAAGUUCAAAGUUGCGAAUCCCCAACAAGCGCAAAGCUAUGAAGAAUAAGAGGAAGAAUAAGAAGUUGGCCAAGAUCACAAAGAAGGAGAUGAAGAAAAGGGAGAAUAAGUUGGUCGAGGUCAAAGAGAAGAAGAAGAAGAAGAAUAAGAAGUUGGUCGAGGUUAACCCCAAUGCCACCACCUAAAGCUAAGCCGCUGUCUUAUGGAAAUACAAGUUCUCCAAUAAGUUUCAACUUUUAAGUUUUGUAAUAUAUAUUAUUAAUUAAGUGAUGUUUUCUAAGUUAUAUCUUUAGCUUGCGAUACUAUGAUGAUUAAAUCUUUGUCUCCUUCGGUAAUAGCUGGACAUAAGAUGUUGCUUCGAUUUUUCCUGGUUAGUUUAAUGUUAGUGGAGGACACAAUUUUCAUUGAUU